AUGGCACCUACACAAAAUGUCGUGAUAGACAGUGCAUCCCUCUCACCAACCACAUCAUCAUCAGUAUGGGACCGCAUCUCCAACUGGGUGUCCGAAAAUAAAGCUGUCGUUUAUACAGUCGCCGGUAUUGCCGUGGUCGUGACUGGUGGAACUGUAUAUUAUCUGUCGACAAGCUCCAGCAGCAAACCCCAAGAACCCGCACAGCCGAAGAAGAGCAAGAGUCAAAGACGGAAGGAAAAGAAGAAGGCUGAGGAGGAGAAGAAGGCACAGGAAGCUAAGGUUGCUGCCGAGGAAGUCAAGACAGCCAAGGUUGAAGAUGUCGAUGAAUUGCCAGAGGUGGAUGAGAGCACAGUGGACUCAUUGUCGGAAGAGACACGAAAAGCAUACGCCGCCAAACUCAAAGCCGCCGGAAACAAGGCGUACGGAUCGAAGGAUUACAACCGCGCCAUUGAAUUGUACGGAAAAGCCAUUUUGUGCAAACCCGACCCCGUCUUCUACUCGAACCGUGCCGCUUGCUGGAAUGUCUUGUCUGAAUGGGAGAAAGUGGUCGAAGAUACCAGCGCAGCUCUUGUUAUGGACAGCGAAUACCUCAAAGCCCUCAACCGUCGAGCUAUCGCCUACGAGCACCUGGAGCAAUAUGACAACGCACUUCUUGAUUUCACCGCUAGCUGCAUUAUUGAUCAAUUCACCAACCGUCAGAGCCGCGAAUCGUUGGAAAGACUUUUGAAGAAGGUUGCAGAGAAGAAGGCCAAAGUGAUUAUGGAAGCAAAGGGAAAGAGACUACCUGGUGCCACUUUUGUCGGCAACUACCUCCAGAGCUUUCGCCCCAAGACGAUCCCCGCUGGUCUUGAUUCUGAGGAUCUUGAUGAGGAAACCGGCAAGGGACAAUUGCGCAAGGGUUAUCUAGCGAUGGAGCAGAAGACGGGUGAAGGAUACGAUGAGGCUGCCCAGGCGUUCGAGAAAGCGCUGGAGUUGGGUGAGCUCGGUGAAUUCGAAGGCGAUGCAUUGAAUCAGCGUGCCACCUUCACCUACUUGCGGGGUGAUGCCCAGAGCGCUUUGGAGGACCUCAACAAGAGCAUCGAGAUCCAACCAUCAUUGACCCAGAGUUAUAUCAAGCGCGCUAGCUUGCACCUCGAGCUCGGAAACAAGGACGGUGCCGUGGAUGACUUUGAGGCCGCUAUUGCGCACAACAAAGACGACCCUGAUAUCUACUAUCACCGCGCACAACUUCACUUUAUCCUCGGCGAAUUUGCCGAAGCCGCCAAGGAUUACCAAAAGUCAAUUGACCUCGACCCAUCAUUCAUCUACUCUCACAUCCAGCUCGGUGUGACACAAUACAAGCUUGGCUCCGUUGCAUCAGCCAUGGCUACAUUCAAGCGAUCAGUGAAGAAGUUCGAGAACGUGCCGGAUGUUUACAACUACUACGGUGAGCUUCUGCUCGACCAGCAGGACUACCAGGGAGCCAUUGAGAAGUUCGACAAGGCUGUUGAGAUGGAGAGCAAGACUAAGCCUACGGCUAUCAAUGUGUUGCCUUUGAUCAACAAGGCUCUUGGUAUUUUCCAGUGGAAGCAGGAUUUCAAGGAGGCUGAGAGUCUGUGCCAGAAGGCUUUGAUCAUCGACCCCGAAUGCGAUAUUGCCGUCGGUACUAUGGCUCAGCUUCUUUUGCAGCAAGGCAAGGUCGCCGAGGCUCUCAAAUACUUUACCCGGGCUGCUGAGCUCGCCCGCACCGAAGGCGAAGUGAUCAACGCUAUUUCCUACGCCGAAGCCACCCGUACACAGCUCGAAGUCCAAGAGAAAUACCCUCAACUGGCCGCCCGUCUACAGACUAUGGGUGCUGGUUUCGGCGGACCUCCACCAGGAAUGUAA